GUGCCACUGGAGCCCGGCGGUUCAGAGCUUCGCCCGGGACGUCGGGAGGACGAGCAGAAAACCCACCCGAAAUUUUCAUCAUUUUACUACAAUAUUAAUCGUUCUUUAUUAUUUACUGUUUACACUCUCAAUCUACUUUAAAUAAUCGCCGAGCAACAAAUACAUUACACAGCUAUUUUUUAAAAUUUUAAAAUUUCAACCGUUUAAAUGCCACCGAAUUUUACGCGAAAAUAUGAAUUUUACUCGAAAUUGAGGAUUAUGUGAUGUGGCAAGUGAGUGAUGACGUGAACCGGUUUUUAAAAAUUUAUUUUAAUUGGUAAUCGCAGUUGCAAUUUGCUGGGGGUGGUGGUAGGAUUUUUUGAAAUAAAUUUGUGGCGGUGGCGGAGACGGUGACGGCGGCAGAUAAAAGUACGAGAAAAUAAGAAUUUGUUGUUUUUUUUUUUUUUGUUGAGAUAAUUGGAGUGAAUAUUGUAAUAAAUAUAAGUGUGCUGUAAUAAAUGUGCCGAAGGUGGUGCGCGCACUGAGAUGUUAGUCCAGCCAUGGUCCUGGUCGUUACCAUGAGGACAACUUCAUACGUCAACUAUUAUGUGCUUUGUCUUGUCUGUUGGAUAUUACUCGGUAUCACCGGAGUAAGCACGAGAUCUCACUCGUUGGUAAAAAGGUAUGCUGGUAUUUAUCAAGGUCCUUAUUUUGAUGAACACAGUUUGAAAAAUUAUACUGCCCAAUUGGGAACAAAUGCUUUUCUACCUUGUAAAGUCCGACAGCUUGGUAAUAAAUCGGUAUCAUGGAUCAGACGUCGAGACGCGCAUAUAUUAUCAGUCGAUAGAAUAAUGUUUAUAGCUGACGAGCGGUUCCAAACAAUAUACGCCGACGGUUCGGACACGUGGACCUUGAAAAUAAAUUAUGUCCAAGCCAGAGAUGAGGGGGAGUACGAGUGUCAGAUCUCGACGGAGCAAAAGAUGAGCCACGUCGUCAAUCUCAGUGUUAUCGUGCCAAAAGUAGAAAUCAUGGGUGACCAAGAGCGACAUGUAAAGACUGGCAGCACAGUGACACUAAGGUGUGUGAUAAAACAAUCAGUAGAGCAGCCGUCAUACGUAUUUUGGUUUCACGACGAGAAUCGCGUGCUGGGUGACCAGCGAGGAAAAGUGGAAGUUCACACGCCCGGUGGAACGGAAAAAAAUUUUGACAGUGUGCUGACUAUUCACAACGCACGUCUCGAAGACUCGGGUAAUUACACUUGCUCUCCCAGUCAAUUAGACAGCGCAAGUAUUCACCUCCAUGUACUCAACGGGGAGCAUCCAGCGGCAAUACAAAGAGGAAUUAGCGCCGCGCCUGGUGGCUGUCGCGCUCUUUGGUGGCUCGCGGGCUGCGUGAGCCUGUCCUUCAAUCAGGGCAGACGCACACUUGUCCUCGUCGUCCUUAUUGUCAUGCUCCUUGUCACUUAUCAGAGAUCUAUUCGUCUGGCCUACACUGUCGCACGAUAAUAAUCCUCUUAAUAAUAAUUAAAAAUUAUUAUUUAUUUUCUAAUCCACCACUCGCGGCAGUUUCAGUUGACAGGACGCAGGACCCAGGACUUUAGAUCUCUGAUCGGUUUUUUAAAUUUACUUUUUUUUGUCUGCCCGUUUUGUCGAUGGCUAAAGAAAACGCGGGUUUUUUAAAAAUAAAUUAUUAGGACAAGGAAAAAAAUGAAAAAGUCUUCCUGAGAUAUUCGUGAGCGAACGACUCAAGUCAGCAUCGAUUUUACUAUUAGGCGCGCCACGCUUCCGUUCUCCGGGGCAUUUCAAUUCGUCUACACUUCCUCGAGGAAACUCACCCUUGCUCUCAUUGCCUACAAUUCAUCACUAUUUUACUUUUAUAUGGGAAUUUAAUUUAUAAAAAAAUUUAAUUUAACCUCUGAUCUGAUGUCGAUUAUUAUUGUAACGGGUUACGAAAAUAAUUAAAAGCCGAAAUCAAAAGUCGUUCGUCCAAAUGCUCUAUUAAAUAAAAAAUAAAAAAAAAUUUUUUAAUAAUUAAAUAAAUUUUUUAUAAUAAAUAUCGUUAAAGCCGGGGGCGCUUCAGAGUUUAUUAAAAUUUUUUCGUUAUCGCGUAUUAUUUUACGCAAAAUAAUUACAAGAUAAAUAAAAAAAUAUCAUUUAUUUUCCU